UAGAGUGUUCAUAAUUUAAAGUCUACAGUCACACUACCGUCACACUGAUGGUACCAUUUGAAAGGUCUCUUUCUAAGCUUUCAGAAGGGUUAGGGUAUAGGGUAUAGGGUUAAUACUGUCUGAUAAUUAACUGUACACUUUGGCUGUGUAGUAUUGCUAGUGAUUUGGACCCAUGGAAAAAAGUAAAGCAAACAAAAGACGAUCUUUACCUAUUAUCAAAAGUGGCUGGUGUAAACCUUCAAGCUGCUGAUAUCUGUGUCAGCUAGUGUGUGCUAUGGAUGAGGCCAAGGUGUUUAGUGAGGUGUUGCAACCUGUCUUGAAGGAGAUUCUGCUCUGUAUCUCAGCUGAGGGAGGCCACCUCUCACUAACCCCUGAGGUGUGUCAGGAGCUGCUCCAGGCCCAGGCUCCGGGCCCAGUAGUGGAGGAGCUUUUCCAGGCCCAGGCCCCAGGCCCAGUAGUGGAACCUCCUCCAGUGUUUGAGGGUGGACUGUGUGUACUGGGGGGGUACCCACAACGCCCAUUCUAUAGAAGGCUCUCUCUGUCUCUCGCCUACUGGAUGGUGACAGGAACAUGUCCAGUGGCUGACCUGCCGGUCAUGUACAUGUUGAAUGAAGGCAGCACUGUAUCACAGAGACAGGAGAAGCUAGAGGCAGUGGAUUGCAAGGUAGUGGGUUGUCAUAGUCUGUGGGAGAUGUGGUCAGAGGAUGAAAGAUACUGCACCAUAGAGAUCAUCUUAAAGGAGCUAGAUUUGAGAGGUGUGCUGGAUCUACUGGGUGUUCGUUGCACAGUGGGUAGUGUCCCCCUCCUCCCUCCGUCACAACCAUCCCUACUCUCAUCAUUCAACUCUCUUCAUCAUCCCUCAGCACGAUUGAGUGUAGGUGGGCGGGCACUCAGUAAGCACAGUCACAGGGACACGUCCGACACCUGGUGGGGAGUAUGUACUGGAGGUGAGGAGGACAAGAACAGACAUGCCCUGAUGGUGGCCCUCAAGAUACUCAAGACUGCUACAUGGAUCAACAUUCACACCCUACCACAUGAUGUGAGGGUGAUAGAGGUGAGGACAAUGGAGGGGUACGGAGUGCGCUGGAAACAUGACGGGUCAGAGUUCAGAGGAUUCCUAGAGCCACAAAUGACGGACGGACACACUGUAGGAUGGAGACACUAGAAUCUAUAAUUAUGACUUUUUAUUUCGACUCUGACAAUUAUUUUUAUAUUUUUAUAUUGAUCAUUAAAUAAUUUUCAUAUAAGUUAUAGCAUUAAUUUGCUCCUGUUUAUUAUACUGAAAUUAACACAUUUGCUUAUGAUGUACUAAUUAACAUUGA